UUAAAAAGAAAAAGUAAACCUCUAGAUAAAUACAUAUAGCCCUAAUCGCUUUCUUAAUAAAGUUAGCGCUUCAUAUACGAGUGGAUACCUUGAUUCGAUUCUAUUGCGCGAAUUAACCAUGUCUAUGUCGACUUCACCGUCUACUGCCUCCCAGUAUCUGAAGGAGAGGUUGCAGAAGCUAAAGAUAUAUGGAGUUUCAGACCUUAUGCAGCACAUCGACACGUUCAAAGAAACAAUGGGUGAUACAGUGAACGUGAAAAUUGAUGACUUAAAUAAUUUAUCAGUCUUGUUUUGUUCUCUUCCCCCUCUGUUGACAGCACUUACGUGUAAGAUAGAGAAGGUUGAUGCUUCCUUGCGCUUUCCUCAUGAACGUUGGCCCGAAGUUAUCUCGUGGAAACCUAGAGCUUUCCUUUACCACAACUUCUUGAAAAAUGAAGAAUGUGAGCACUUGAUUAGCCUCGCGAAACCUUAUAUGAAGAGGUCACGGCUGCGUGAUCCAGGAAACGGAGGGGGAGACGAAAGCAGCGCGAGGACGAGCACGGGAACUUUUAUUGGAAGAGGACAUGACAAAAUUGUGGAAGAGAUUGAGAAUAGAAUUUCAGAAUUCACCUUCCUCCCUGUAGAAAAUGGAGAAGGUCUUCAAGUAAUCAAUUAUGAAGUUGGGCAGAAAUUUGACCCUCACUAUGAUGGAUUCGGAAGACUUGCUACUUUCCUUAUGUACCUGUCGGACGUUGAUGAUGGAGGAGAAACAGCCUUCCCUAUGUCCAGUGGAAGACUAUCUGUUUCAGCAAAGAAGGGAGACGCAGUACUCUUCUGGAACAAGAGGCCUGACGGGUCUCAAGACCCUUCGAGUUUGCACUGUGGUCGUCCAGUAAUCAAAGGAAACAAGUGGGCAUCAACUAAAUGGUUUCACCCUCAGGAAUUCAAAGGCUCCUACAAAACACAACAAUACAAUCCAAAAGGAUUCAUUCACAAAAAGUGAUGUCACUGGAGUUAACCCUUUCUCAGUUGAAAAGAAAAUAAGAAACCUAUUGUUUCGUGUUUAUCUAAGAAAAUAUAUUGUUUUUUCCAGUUUUUUCACCAUGAAAACAUGAUUUAAGAUUCUAUCAAUGCGUCUUACCCAUCAUUUGGGUGGGGGGUCGUUAAACAAAA